AUGGAUUCAAAAAACAUUAUGCACAACAUGAAGAAAGAAAACUCAUACAACGAGAAAGUCAAACUAGGUACAUUAGCAAGUCGAGAAAGUAUUAUCAACCGUUCGCCGCCUCUGGCCCAAGUCCCGGCUUCCGGUCUUGACCCGCCCCAAAAUGAUGGGUUAGCCGGAGGUCAACGGGCCGUGCAACCACUCUCACUGUUUUCGCCGCUUCCGGUUGUGCACGCAUCGACGGAGUCCCCGAUCUCCGCCUACAUGCGAUUCCUCCAGAGUUCAAUCUCAUCUUCUUCUGGUGCUUUGCCACGGUGGAAUAGCCUCGCACAACCCCCAGCAGCAGCAGCCACCACCAGCAUAAUCUUUUGCUGCCUAGUUCGAGUUGGUUUUGGUGGUGGUGAUUGUACCAUAGGUAGAGGAGGUGGGAAUUUAGAUAUUGGAGGUGGGGAGGAGAUUGGUGGCGGAGGUGAGUAUGGUGGUGGUAGAGUUUAUGAAGUUUUUGAGCGAAUGGCCUAUUAUGGGAUAUCCUCGAAUCUCAUCAUUUACUUGACCAAGAAACUGCAUCAGGGCACAGUUAAGUCAGCUAACAAUGUCACCAAUUGGGUAGGCACUGUUUGGAUGACGUCUAUUUUGGGUGCAUAUGUUGCCGAUGCACUUCUCGGCCGUUAUUGGACUUUCCUUAUUGCUUCGGCAAUAUAUCUCAUGGGCUUGAUGAGUGGCCUUUCUCCGUGCUUCUAUCGAGUGAAGGGCCGAGCCUACGCUUCCUUCGAAUAA